GCCACUGGCAGGAAGGAAGGCUGAAGAUGGCAGCAUUCUGGACCCUGCCAACUGGCUUCGGAGAGCUGGAGGUGCUGGCUGUGGGAACAGUGCUGCUGGUAGAAGCUCUCUCAGGUCUCAGCCUCAAUGGCCUGACCAUCUUGUCUUUCUUCAAGACCCCGGAGCUACGGACUCCCAGCCACCUGCUGGUUCUGAGCUUGGCCCUGGCAGACAGUGGAAUUAGCCUCAAUGCUCUCGUCACAGCCAUAUCCAGCCUCCUCCGUGUCUCCCACAGGCGCUGGCCAUAUGGCUCGGAGGGCUGCCAGGCUCAUGGCUUCCAGGGCUUUGCCACGGCAUUGUCCAGCAUCUGCGGCACUGCAGCUAUCGCCUGGGGACGCUAUCACCACUGUUGCACACGCAGCCAACUGGCAUGGAACACAGCCAUUUCCCUGGUGCUUUUUGUGUGGCUGUCAUCUGUCUUCUGGGCAGCCCUACCUCUGUUGGGCUGGGGACACUAUGACUAUGAGCCUCUGGGGACAUGCUGCACCCUGGACUACUCCAGGGGUGACAGAAACUUCAUCAGUUUCCUCUUCGCCAUGGCCUUUUUCAACUUCCUCGUACCCCUAUUCAUCACACUCAUUUCCUAUCGGCUCAUGGAGCAGAAAUUCGCACGGAGUGGACAUCUCCAGGUAAACACCACUCUGCCAGCCAGGACGCUGCUGCUGGGCUGGGGCCCCUAUGCUCUCCUGUAUCUGUAUGCAACCAUUGCGGAUGUGAGCUCCAUCUCCCCCAAACUGCAGAUGGUACCUGCCCUCAUUGCUAAAAUGGUGCCCACAAUCAAUGCCAUCAACUAUGCCCUGCGCAGUGAGAUGGUCUGCAGGGGAAUCUGGCAGUGCCUCUCACCGCAGAGGAGCCAACGGGACCGAGCCCAGUGAGCCU